AUGAUACCGACUUGCAUCAGAGCCCCUCGGUCCAUUCAGGGCUCCACUGAUGACGUCACACGACAGACGAGGUCCAUUGUUCAGAUUUACACUGAUUGGGCCAAUCACUAUCUGGAACGAGCCAGAUCACGGCGUAGAGUGGGCACUUCUGGAGGAGGCCUAGCUAGAGACUGCGCUGAUGGUCUACUUCUGGCCGAUGUUUUAGAAGGAGUAACAGGUCUCAAGGUCCCACGUGCUCAUCGAAAGCCAAGAAAUCCACAACAAAUGUCCUAUUUAAUAUCUGUGGCGCAUGGAUACGUUUAUGGGAUAGGUAGCCCACAAACCCGAAUCCUGUUGUGUACCGCAUUGCUUCCGGCACGCGUUGUAUUUGAGAAAGUGCUGAUAAGAUUUAUUGACUCUUUAAACAUUGGCCGUUGA